AUGAUGUCUGACAUUGGACAAGUUAUGUUGAAAUUUCGUGAACUCGAAAAAGACGAGAAAGCUGCUCGACAAGAUGACGUAUACUCGACCAGCUAUGUACCGAAGAAGUACGCAAAACACUCGGCCGAGUAUGGUACGCCAAAGCCUGGAACUUUGACCGAGAUGAGGGCGAAAAAAGCCUCAGCACACAUUGCGAAGGAAAUGUUGUAUUUGUGUGAAGUUAUUCGAGAUUACGGUUACCGAUCAAAAGACGGGCAAAUAAAAAUCACAUUUGGAAAGCUGUUUGCUAUUUACCAGUACAUAUCGGACAAGGUCGUUGGUAUGUUGCUACGGGCCCGAAAGCAUCAUAUGGUAGAUUUUGAGGGCGAAAUGCUUUUUCAAAGACGGGAUGAAGAUGUUGUUAUUACAUUGUUGUUGUCUGAUGAAGAACUUGAUCAUGGAAUCGAAGAAAGUAAAAAGUAA